CAUUUCACAUCGAAGCAGCAGGAGCGGAGGGAAAAUGAGCUAAUGUCGACUAAGGAGCAGUUUUUGGCGAAGCGAAGAGAUAAACCGAUAUCAGAGAAAUACAAUAGGCUAUUUACAAAGUCGGUGAACUUAGAUUACUAUAGAUCAAUGGACUGAUACUUAAUGACAUCUUACACUGGUGCCGUAAACAAACGUGGAAAGAAAACAAGUGGAGAACAAACAGUGACAUCUGUGUGCAUAUAGGUAGAUCAUGGUUAAGGAAAGACACACUUGGUGGAUUUUGGAUCCUAAGGACAACCUUUUACACAUCAAUGUGGGUGGGUUGAGGUACACUCUAUGCUCAAGCAUUCUGAGGAAGUUUCCGGACACCCGUCUUGGCCAGCUAUUGUCCUGUGACUCAGAAGAUGAUAUUCUACAGCUCUGUGAUGACUUCGAUGUUCAACAGAAAGAGUUUUACUUUGAUCGUAACCCUGGCCUUUUCCCUUAUGUCCUGCACUUCUACCAGACUGGCAAGCUGCACAUUAUGGAAGAGCUGUGCAUUUUCUCCUUCUCUCAGGAAAUAGAGUAUUGGGGCAUAAGUGAUUUUUUCCUGGACAGCUGUUGUAGUUACCGUUACCUUGAUCGUAAACUGGAGAGACAUCAUAAAAGCUGGGAUGAAGAAAGUGAUGUUAGCAGUGUGGAUACAUCAGAUGAUGAGAUUUCUGAUCUGAACAAAGAUAUUGAACACUUCCAUGAAAUGCGUUUUGGAAACAUUCGGAAGUGUCUGUGGCUAACAUUGGAAAACCCAGGUUAUUCAAUCCCGAGCAAACUUUUCAGCUUGCUUUCCAUUUGUGUGGUGUUAAUAUCAAUUGCCACAAUGUGUAUCAAUAGCAUUCCAGAGUACCAGAUAUUUGAUGAAAAUGGUAAUCCAACUGAAGACCCAACUAUGCAUGUUUUAGAAGUGUUCUGCAUCUGCUGGUUUACCUUUGAGGUAGUAACACGUAUGAUUCUUGCACCAAACCAUCGUAAGUUCUUCCUGCUACCUCUAAACUUGAUUGAUAUCAUCUCAGUGAUGCCAAUUUACAUCACUAUCUUUUUUGAUCUGGUCAUUGGGAGUGAGUCGGAGCUGGACAACUUGGGAAAACUAGUCCAGGUUUUGCGACUGAUGAGAAUCUUCAGGGUACUGAAGCUGGCUAGGCAUUCAACAGGGUUAAGGUCACUAGGUGCUACACUACGGCACAGCUACAGAGAGGUUGGAAUCUUGUUACUGUACCUGGCAGUCGGUGUAUCAGUGUUCUCCGGAAUUGCUUACACUGCAGAAUAUGAAGAAGAUGUUGGUUUAGACACAAUCCCAGCAUGCUGGUGGUGGGGGACUGUUAGUAUGACAACAGUGGGAUAUGGAGAUGUAGUGCCAGUUACAGUGGCAGGAAAGCUGGCAGCAUCUGGCUGCAUCCUGAGUGGUACAUUAGUUGUGGCACUACCCAUCACCAUCAUUUUCAACAAGUUUUCACAUUUUUACCGCAAUCAAAAAGCUCUUGAGGAUUCAGUGAGAAACAGCAACAACAAGAGGCUUAUAAGACAACAGAGUAACAGUGAAGACAGCGCAAUACAUGGGCAUAGCCACUGUCUGGAGGAUGGAGAGAAGGAUGAAGAUGUGAAUUAUGAGAGAGGAGUUGUCAACUUUUGCUAUGAAGACCAUCCACUGACAAAUAGACUCUAAUGUAUCCACUAUGCAAGAAAAAGUUAUUAGUGUUGAAGUGUUCAACCAAUAUCGAAACAUCAUAUGCUGACUCAAAAUAGAGAUGGGUGACAAAUUUAAGGAAAUCUGGGGGAUCCAAUAGUUCUGUUAUGCUGUGGGGGGCAUUUUGCUGCUACGAUUUGGGUCAACUUGUUCUCUUUCAGGCAAGAGUGUUUCUCAACAAGAAGGCUGCAUCCUUCCUAGACCAAUCCUUCUGAGGCUUUUAGACUAGAGUUAUACUCAGCAUUAAACAUCAGUAUGAGACAAUCUAUCAAGUCAGCAUGGCUGCAUCAUAAAGGUUUCCUCCCCUGUGAUCACAACAUACUAUUAAAAAUUAAUUUGUGGGAAAAAAAUAUAUUAAAAAUCCUCAUA